CAAUUGGAACGACACAGACAUGGACUGCGCUACCCACAAUGCACCGCGAUGUAUUUGUAUCCGAUGACGGCCGAGGAUGGAGGCAGUUCUAGCCACGUAUGAGAAUCAAAUCAACGUAUUCUCUGAGUUUCUAGAAGACCUGCCAGAUGUAGACGAGCCAGUAUGGAUCCUGGGAGCAUGUUAUGAUAUUAAAACAAAGAAAUCAGAGCUGCUCUCGGACGUGCGUUCACGACUGUGGUUCACGUAUAGGAAAAAGUUUUCCCCUAUAGGAGGAACGGGCCCUUCAUCGGACGCGGGAUGGGGCUGCAUGCUCCGCUGUGGACAGAUGAUCCUCGCACAGGCUUUGGUCUGCAGACACCUCGGUCGAGAUUGGAGAUGGGAUCCAGAGAAACAUCAGCCCAAAGAGUAUCAUCGCAUCUUGCACUGCUUUUUAGACAAGAAGGAUAGCUGCUACUCUAUUCACCAGAUGGCUCAGAUGGGCGUUGGAGAGGGCAAGUCUGUUGGAGAAUGGUAUGGACCGAACACCGUGGCCCAAGUACUCAAGAAGCUUGCUCUGUUUGAUGACUGGAAUACGCUGGCUGUGUAUGUGUCAAUGGACAACACGGUUGUCAUCGAAGACAUCAAGAAACAGUGUAAGCAGCCAGGCCGGGAAAGCAGGACCAGGGCUGGUCCCUGUGAAGUACCAGCUUCAGGCCAGAGCUGCUCGGAGGCUCAGGGAAAGACACUUAACCUUCGAUCCCAAAGGCCCCUGGACUGGAGGCCCCUGCUGCUGGUCAUUCCUCUUCGAAUGGGCAUUAACAGCAUCAACCCUGUCUACAUCCAGGCCUUUAAAGAGUGUUUUAAGAUGCCUCAGUCGUGUGGUGUUUUGGGAGGAAAGCCCAACCUGGCCUAUUAUUUUAUUGGAUUUAUCGAUGAUGAGUUGAUCUAUCUGGACCCUCACACCACGCAGCAGGCCGUGGACACCGAGUCGGGCAGCGCUGUGGACGACCAGAGCUAUCACUGUCAGAGGACCCCACACCGCAUGAAAAUCACCAGCCUGGACCCGUCCGUCGCGCUGGGUUUUUUCUGCAAGAGCGAGGAGGACUUCGACAGCUGGUGCGGUCUGGUUCAGCAGGAGCUCCUCAAGAAAGGAAAUUUGCGGAUGUUCGAGCUGGUGGAGAAGCACCCGUCUCAUUGGCCUCCGUUCGUUCCUCCCACCAAACCAGAGGUGCAGACCACAGGAGCAGAGUUCAUCGAGUCCCCAGACAAGCUCUUCGAGUCAGAAGAGGAGUUCGAGAUCCUAAACGUGUGACCCGUUCACAGACGUCAGCAGCCUUCGUCCGCUCCACGCAGCACAAGUGCCUCCGAUCGACGCCGAGCACACGCUUACCGUACGCAAAAAAAAAAACAACCAGAAGCCAAGGAUCCCGUAGCAGCUGAGUGUGUGACGUUCAGCCUCGUUCAGAGGUCGCGUGAGACAGGAUUUGCAUGAACUCUUCCGUACUGUUCCACGCUGAGGCGAAGGCUUCGACGAGGACGAGAUCUCUACAACCUCAACACACUCUACCUCCUGACCCCAGGAGGUGACGGAUCAUACGCAGACAUCUUUAAUUCAGUGUUAUUCAAGGAUAAACAAUGACGACCUUAUUGGUUUAAACAAGUGCCUCUCUUUAUGACAUAUUUAUGUUUCUGACUGGUAAAGGUGACGUUUCCUUUCCUGACCGGAGCGGGUUAGUUAUAUCGCCCACCCCUGCACAUCUGUACAUACGGCUUCAAACGAAGAUAUUUAAAAGCGUUUAGCACAGACGCUAAAUUAUGAGCGCCUAUCAUUUAUUGGUGGAAAUUGUCACUUUGUCUUUGUGUGUUUAUAAAAAGAUGACAAAUCUGAA